AUGGAACUAGUGAAGAAGCACGAUUCCGGUGGUCUUCUUUGGAAACGAAUCAAGCUUACACCUACUCGUAAAGCCAAUGCCAAAACCCGCCUCCGUCGCGUUUGGCAGAAUGAGGCUGUUCUGAGGGCGUGCGGUGAAUCAGAUGCACCAAAUCCGCCGGGAGCUAGCAACACA